AAAAUGACGUCACCGGUCCGACCGGAAACGCGGAAGAGCUGUCAGCCAGGCAGUGGCUUUAACGGAGGACACAUCUGAGGUCGUUUUAGGCCUUUUUUUAAAACUACAUUCAUCGAACAGACUUUAUUUAAAGACAGUUUAACGCUAGAGCGCUGUUUUGGUUUCUCAGGUAGAAGCUGUGCUGUAACUGGUCUGUGAGGAGUCUACAACCGUCAUCAUGAGUAAUUUUGGGGACGAUAGUGAUUCUGAAGUGGAUCGGAUCAUGACGGACCGGCCACCCAGCAGUUAUGGCUCCAUGCAUAGUGAUCAUGAAGAUGAAGAGGAUGAUGAAUUUGAAGAACCUCCGCUCAAACUACCAGCGACAAGGGUCAGGCUUCACCGCUCCGAUUCGCCAGAGACUGCGAUUACUGAACGUACGAACACAAACCAGUCGAGCGUAUACAACGAUGGACUGGUCCUGAAACCACAGUCCUUCUUGUACGCACCAGAAUCUCUCGCCCGAUACAGCAUUAACAGAGAGCCGUCUGAGCCUCAGAGCGAGGUAAGGACAGAAGCAGCGAUGGAUGAAGAGCCGAACGACAGAGACUCGGAGAUGAAUGAGCGAGACACGCAGGAGCAGCAGAAUGACAGCGCCGCGAUGGAGGAGCAGGAGGAGCAGGCAGAGGCCACGAAAGAGGAGGAUGAUUUUGAUGAAAUUGUUGUAGGUUUCGAAGAACAGAAAGAUCCUCCUCCUCCUCCUCCUCCUCCUCCUCCUCCGGAGGGCGUCGGCCUACAGUUUCAACACACACACCGCUCCCUCACCCUGCCCCACGUGCUAAGGCAAAUGGUGGGGUGUCUUUCCCAGCUCCAUCCGGGAGAUAUCACCUAUUUAAAGCGCUCUCUGAGUACUAACUGCAGAUUCAAGAAGUACUACUCAAGGAUUGCGGAUCUUAAUGACCCGCUGGAUCUGGCUGAUAAAAUGAUCGAGGUCUGCGGGCUGGGAGAAGCUCUGUAUAUGACCAUACGAGGCAUACAGAAUGUCGGAAAUGACAAACUGGCCGAAUACCUGAGGAAGACCUGUAGAAGAGCCGUGUUGCAGCAUGACCUGAAAUUAGCCCACGACCUACGCUAUUACUAUCUCUACGAAGGCCGAUGUCGUCCAGGUCGGCAGCGCUACAUCAGCGACGUCUACGUCGAGCCCGUAACAGUCAUCAGAGGCAGCAGGGAGCCCAUCAACCUCGAGAAUGAGGUCUACAAGAUACCAUACACGAUCGAGGAGACCCAAAUCAGGGCCGCCGACAUCUUUCGGCCCCUUCCUCACGAACAGAAACCCAUCCGUACGGUCAUGAUGACGGGAAUUCCCGCCUGCGGUCUAACGGUGGCCGUGAAUAAGUUCAUCAUUGAUUGGAUGGAGGAAAAAAACAAUAAGGAUUUUCAAUUAGUCUUCCCUUUGCCAGCAAAAGAGCUCCACCUCGGGAAAGAUGGAAAUCUGAGCUUCCUAGAGAUGCUCGGUAGCUUCUUCGCAGAAGCCGAUGACAUUAAAUUCAUCGAGAAGCCCGAUUGCUUGAGUCUCUUCAUCAUUGACGCUUUAGAGCUUUGCAAACACAACCUGGACUUUAAAAACAAUGAAGUUAUCUCAAGCGCCAGGGUGAAAGCGCCGUUAGACGCCCUUCUCACCAGCUUAAUAAAAGGCACGUUGCUUCCGAACGCUCGUGUUUGGAUCACCAGCCAUGUCACUGCCGCCCACCGUAUUCCUCCGGAGCUAAUCGACAGGUUUGUAGAGUUAAGAGGAUUCACGGAUGAGAAGAAGCAAGAGUACUUCACCAAGAGAACCACCAACGCUGAGCUCGGGAGGAAGGUUUAUAACCACAUGAAGCGCUCCAAAGCCCUUGAGAUCAUCUGCCACCUCCCUCUCUUCAGCUGGAUGGUGGCGUUCAUCUUCGAACGAGGCUUUCAAGAUCCCGAGUACGGCAAACACCCACCUGGCAUCACGACGUUUUAUGCCCAGUUGAUCGUCGUGCAGAUGAACCGCUCGUUUGAGAAGUACCGCGGCUGCAACGUUGAGGCACAGAAGUGGAGGGAUGAAGACAAGUCGUUUAUUGAGAUGAUGGGGAAAAUGUCAUAUCAGAUGAUUCUAGAUGGACGGGACUGGUUCACGGUGGAAGAUUUGGCCUCCGUCGACCUGACCUAUGAAGAUUUGCGCAGUCGCGAUGAGUUAACCACUGAGGUCAGACGAAAGAACGACGACAUUCACACUUGGAUCUUCAAGUUUGUCCACAUCACCGUUCAAGAGUAUAUGGCCGCCAUGUACGUCUAUGUAGCGUUUAGGAAGCAUGGUAAAAACGUGAUCGAACCAAGCAAAAUGUCUUGGUUUCAGGGUCAGAAUAAGGAUCGGCCUGUGAUUGAACUGUACCGGCCUGCCAUCGACCGCGCGCUGGCGUCUCCGAAUGGUCAUCUGGACAUGUUCCUGCGGUUCCUGAUCGGAUUGGUGACUCCAGGAACCGAGGAUAACCUGCACGGAUACCUGCUCAGUCACUACCACCCCAAAGCCAAAGGCACGGAGGAUGUGGUCAAAUACAUCAACAAGAAAAUGAGCGAUAACAUCCAUCCUGACCGGAGAAGAAAUCUGGAGUUGUGUCUGGUGGAGCUGGAGGAAGGCAAACAGGGAAGAUGAGAAAAGCGGGAGAGUGUUCGAUCUGUUAAGCAGGACUGUGAAACACUAAACUAAACGCAGUGUCCUGCAGGAAUGACUCUGUUAAAGGGAUGGCUCACCCUGUCUUUAUUUACAAUACUGGUCAAUGGUUUGGAAUAAUUUGGAUUUUUAAUGCUUUUGAAAAGUCUCUUCCAAGGCUGCAUUUAUUUGAUCAAAAACAGUGAUACUGUGAAAUGUUACUUCUAUUUAAAAUAGCCGUUUUCAAGUUGAGUGCAUGUUAAAAUGCGAUUUCUUUCUGUAAUGCAACGCUGCAUUUUCAGCAUCAUUACUCCAGUCUUCAGUGUGAUACGUCAGAAAUCAUUCUAAUAUGCUGAUUAGUUAUUGUUACUUGUGGAAUUUUUUUUUUUUUUUUCAAGAUUCUUUGACGAAUAGAACAUAAAAAAAAACAUUUAUUUGAAACAAUCUUUUGUAACAUUAUAAAUGUCUAUAAAUGAAGUUUAAUGUAUCAUGAUAUAGCAUUAGAAUUGUUUCUUGUGCAGAAAAUCAAUAUAUUAGAAUGAUUUCUGAAGAUCAUGUGACACUGAAUACUGGAGUAAUGAAGCUUUGAUCACAAGUUACAUUUCAAAAUCUAUUCAAAUAGAAAACGCUUCAAAUUCUAAUAUUUCAUUUCACUUGUUUUUACUGCAUUUCUGAUCAAAUAAAUGCACCCUUGGUGAACAGAAGAGACUUUUUCAGAAACAUAAAAAAAAUUCCUAAUGAUACCAAACUUUUGAUUGGUGGUGUACACCAUCAGCAUCUUUGCUCACAGCAGGUUUUAUUAAUUGGGAUAACACAUUUUUCUUCAUUUUUUUUUAAGAGAAAAUCCACUGACUUGAGUGACACAGUGGUGUGUAAAUGAGUUUGAGUGAGCUGUUCCUUUAACUCUUUUUGGUGCUGUGAGCCGUGAACAUCAGUUUGCUUGUUUGAGUCCGUAUGAUGAUGUGCCUGCUUUAGUGUUUCUUCAGCUUAAGAGAAUGAGAAGAGCCAGUUGUAGCACUAAUAAGUCUUAAAAUUCACACAAUGCUCUAAAGUGACUAAAGAACUGGAUGUGCACUUUUUAACAACAAUCACUGCUUUUAUUCAUUAAGCAGUCAGUAACAUGAAUAACUAGACUAGUAUCCUGACAGAGCAACAUGAUAUGAUGUUUUUAUUCAUUUUUCUUUGCUUUUAUUGAGUAGUCAUUGUUUUUCAGGUUUUAGGAAAUCACGAGAUUGAUGGAUUUUACUUUCAUCAUUUGCUUCAGAUUUACACUUUAGGAAGAAAUCAUGUAGUUACUCAACUAAACUUCUAAAAAUGUUCAGUUGGUCUGCUGAUAUACACUGACAGUUGAUGGAUUGGAGGUAAAAUAGUAUUUAAUUAGCUGUUUUUUGUUGUUGUUGGGUUUUUUAAAGAGGAGUGUGGGUUGCAAAGCCAUAGGAUUUUCGAUUUAUGGACGAUCAUCACUGUGUGCUUGACAAACAUUUAUAAUAAAAGUGUCUUGUGGUGGA